AGCCAUGCGCGCUCGGCGGAGCGCGAGACCGAGACUGACAGCGGAACAGAACGAAGUUGUUCGGCGAAGGUAUCGUACUGACAGGCAGUUCACGGACACGGCAAGGUGCGCCUGGGGUCCCUGCGCGACUCCACGGUGUUACGCGAGUCGAUUCCGUCGUCAGUGUUGCCCUCGCUAGCCCGGUCAGUCAUUACGCAGUCAUCCUUAGGAUGCCAUUCAUAUCCAAGGACUGGCGUAGUCCGGGCGAGGAAUGGGUGAAGACCGUCGAGGGUUGGGAGAAGAAGAAGAUCCUCGAGUGCGCCAACAAUAAAACCCUCUCACUUCUUCUACGCGGUGAGAAAGAUGCCGGCGACAAAAAAGAAAAAGAUAAGAAGAAAGAAAACGCCGUCCAACCACAUUGUCACAUCACACUGAAGUGCACACGCGAGAUUGCCGGCUUCAAUGGCCUGAGUGAUGCCUUGAAGAGACUGGAUUUCCUGUCCGCGGUACACGAUUGCCGUCGAUUUAAUUACAUCGUUCGUCUUCUGGAUCUUCUGGUCAGUCACAGAAUGGGUGGUCUCAGUGGAUGUGCUCAGAGGGUACUCUUCAACAUGCUCGAAGAAGUAGCCCUGGAAGUAUCACUGUCGCAACAACAGACGGGAAGACUGCGGCGCCUUAUAGAAAGAGUUCGGGCUUUCAGCGCUGGUUGCUGUUGGGGCGGCAGGCCCUUGGGUUCCGUUAUCCUAUGGGAAAAGCAUAAGGCAGCCUUAGAGAGAAUCUUGCAAAUCGCCUCAUCUAUAACCAUCACUCAGCCGGAUGAGCAACAGCAACCUCAGUGGUCGGACCUGCCACCCGAGUGCCGGCGAGAGGUCCUCCUACGCCUAAGCGAUCCGCGAGAUAUCGAAGCCUCGUCCGAGGCCUGCGAAUAUCUCGCUGUUUUGGCGCAAGAGCAGAGAAUUUGGCGCGAGCUCGCCCAAUAUCACUUUACGCCACAGCAAAUCGCUACCACUACACAAAACAAUCCUGGGAAAGACUGGAAGACUAUAUUCACUAUCGCCCGAAGGUCGUUUGGAUUGCGAGAGGAGUAUGCUGAAAUGAUACAGUUAUGUCGUAAUUGUCGUUGCUUGUUUUGGCGAUCACUGGGUCAUCCUUGUAUCGCGGAUCAAGAUCCGGCUUUUCAAGAAAAAUUGGCGGAUGUCGAUCAAGCGUCCCUCCACGUACCAAUUCCUCCGCAGACCUUCCUAAAAUUCUUCUCGCUGUGAAAGCUUUCGCAAUACGAUUGUAUUGUAAGAAUGCGCGGAAUGUAUGCAGAGUGUAUGUACAAAAAAAAAACGGAAGCGGUAAUGUAACUGCUAUUGUGAAUGCUUGAGAGAAAGAAAGAGAUUCAAAUGUUACCUUUUGAAAAAUAUAUUUAACUCGAGAUCCUCUCUUAAUACGUGCUAUAUGGAUCCGAAAAAUAGAGAUCGAUACUUUAACAAAUAGAGAUCUUGCUUUAACAAAUAUUUUUAAUUGGAGGCCUAUAUUUUUGUCUGCUUCAUGAAUGUUUGAAGAACUGACAAACCGCCCAGAUCCAGAAAAAUACAAACGCGUUAUCCAAUAUAUAGAUAUCUUUUAAAGUUUACUUGCUCCAUUAAUAGUAAUUCAUUCAGUUUUUCGUUAAAAAAAAAAUCAAUUCUAUACUCUUUCUGGCUACAUAACUAAUAUUUUUUUGCUAUUACUGAUUUCUACUUUCUCAAGUUCAUUUUGUAUCUUGAUUGAGUGAUUGGUAUUUUCUCAAUCUGUCAAUGGAAUCUCCGGUGUAAUAUAAGAUUCUCGAUUUGCUUUUCUUUGCUUCGAGAUUCUUAUGGUGUCGAUACGCAUUUUAAGAAUGAUAAGGGAAGGUUUGUCCAUUGCCCUUCGAGUUAUGGUUGUAGAAAAUAGACACUAGUCGUAUAAUGUUGUUUGCGGUAAGAAAAAAAGUCGUCACGCGCGUCUGUUCAAGAAAAUCGCAUAAGGAUUUUAUCGAUUUACGCUGACAAGCUUUCAGUGUUCGAAGCGGAUAACGACGUGUGAUUUUGCGGUAGCAUUCUUUGAGAUCCAUUGAUUUUCGCUGAUAACAUCAGCGAAUAAUUAGUUGAUAGUAUCAGUCUGUCUUUAUCGAUUUAAAUGAUAUUUAUUAUGCUAAUCAAAUGUAUUUCGAAACACAUACGUUUGACAUAUUGCAUCGCGAAAGACUUUCUCCAUCUUAACACAAGCGUUAUUUGAAAGAGGUUCAAUUCUAAUUAAAACAGAAAUUUAAUUUUCUCAUAGUUACAUUAUCGUGCAAAUUAUAAGAAUAUUUAAAAAUUAGAUUAUUUUUUCUAUAAAAUAUCAAUGAAGACAAUCGAGUCUUUUCGAAGAAUAUUCUCUUCUUCCGUCGUUACAAAAUCAUUUUGCCGACAAUGCGCACGAAAAAUUGAAAAAAGCCGUUGUAUCGUACGUAAACGCGUAUUUAAAAUACAAUGCAUAUUCAGCGAUGCAACGGAGAGAAACACAGCUUAUAUUUCUUAGACGAUCAUAUUUUUGGUACUAUUUAUAGCUCUAUUGCAUUUUGGAUUUGCAUUUAGAUUAUUAAGCAAUGUGAAUUUUUAUUUUUGUAUAUUGUGCGCGCGUCGAUUUUUAUUUUACCAUAAUGUAUAGACUUCACUAUUUUUGUGCAAUAUUCUUAUGUAUUGUAUUCUUUCCAUAUCUUUUUUUUUUAUUUUGUAGCAUUAUAUUACGAUACAAUAAUUAAUUGUAUUAAACGCGUUAAUUGUAAUAAAAUAUUCGCAAUUUUCGGCCAAGCUAUUAAUAGAAAGGUCCCUGAGAUCUUCGCUAAUCGUAAAAAGAUAUCGUGAGUCUCAAGAGAAUAAUUCGACAGUAGUUUGGAUGUUGUGAUGAAGAUGUACAUUAAGUAACUUACAAAGUACAAAAUGUAAUCAUCAUUAUCAAUUGCGAUCGCAAAUAAAUCGCGAAGUCCUGUCGUCGCCUAUACAGGGUGUCGUAGUUGAAGCAAUACAGAGAUAACAUAUAUUUGAAUUUUCGCAUUCUAUGUUUCUUUUGGAAAAGAUUCUAUAUUUAUACACAUUAUUUAUCGCAUGAAUUUGUGCGCAUAUAUAUUCGUUCAAUUGUAACGAUAAUGUGGAUUUCUAAAAAAGGACCUAAGUUACGAUAUGAUAUAUAAGAAAAAAGGAGAAAUUAUAUUAUUACUAAAUCGGAGAACGGAAAAUUAUACUGCCAAAGCGGAUGCUAUUGCAUUUACACGAAUCGAUACGUCGUUUGUGUAAAUUUCCGUAUAGCGAUGAGACGUUUUUUUGAUAUUUGCUGUUUUAUUAUUAGCAAAAACUUAAAUUUACUGCAUGACUUAAAUAUACUAACCUAGUCACUAAAGACAGAAUGACCAAAAUCGCGAUUUGAGCGCAGCAUUAAUGUCUAAUAAGCUCGAUUUGAGAAAAUUCUGGCAGCUCACAACACUGUGUAUAUUAAUUCAACGAACUGGUCUCUGUAAGAUAUAUAUAAAGCGAUCCUAUGAUCAGAAUUAUUUUACUUACAUAAGCAGAUGUGUAGAAUGGUGUUGUGCAAAAUGCUUCAAAAUAAACUUUAUUUAAAUAUA